AUGCCUGUCGCUGGCCAACAGUCCCCAUUUAACGCCGAAUUCGAUCAGCUCGUCCACAAAAUCCUCGAAGAAUGGAAGAUCCCGGGAUUAUCUAUCGCCGUUGUUCAUGGAUCUCACACCCAUUCCAAGUCCUAUGGACUGGCCGAGUUCCCUGACAAGAAGAUGACAACCGAUGCACUGUUUCCAGCCGCCAGCACCACCAAGGCUUUUACGGGUGCAGCCACUUCCAUGGUCAUCAAAGACAGCAAAGACACCGACUCGCCAAUUGACUGGGAUACGCCCAUCUCAUCUCUGAUUCCAGAUGACUUUGCUCUGGCAGAAGACUACCUAACUAGACACAUCACGCUGGAGGAUGCACUUUCUCACAGGACUGGACAACCGGGCCAUCAUUGGAUGAACACGUAUACACCGGAGGAUGAAACUCUCCAAGAACUCGUUCGCUCAAUGCGGCAUUUACCCAUUUCACACCCUCCUCGGACUCACUUCCAGUAUACCAAUAACAUGUUCAUCGCAGUGACGCAUGCCUUGCAACAACGCACUGGUGUUCCACUUGGCACUUUCCUGAAGGAGCGAAUCUGGGAUCCUAUCGACAUGAAGGAGACCUUUUUGGGGGUUCCCGAAGCCAAGUCCAACCCAUCAGCCGCGCAUAAAGUCGCAGAAGGAUACAUCUGGCUCCCAGAUGACGAGGGUGGCUCUUGGCUUCACGAACCUCAAUUUAAAUGGAGACCAAUGACAGGUGCUGGCGCUAUAGUCAGCAGUGUUCUCGACUACUCGAAAUGGGUGCGAGAGCUGAUUGAAAAAUCGGGACCGCUCAAAGGCCACGAUUCCCUGAUCAAGCCUCGGGUUUUCCAUUUCGAGGAGGGUGAUGUGAAUCUGCCCUUGCCCUCGCCACAUCACGCCUAUGCCUUGGGCUGGUUUGUGGACAACUACCGCGGCCAGGAUUUCUACCACCAUACUGGUAGUUGGCCGGGCUACGGAAGUCUCGUGGGUUUCGUCCCCGACAAACAAUUCGGGUUCGUGAUGAUGGGGAACUCGAAUUCCGCGAGGGAGGGUACACUGAGACUGGCUAUCCAUCUUAUUGAUAAGCUGCUUGGGCCCUCCACGGACCCUUUACACAACGAACGAAUGGCCGCUUGCUUCAACAGACAAAUCGAGGAACGCGAGAACAGGAUGAAGAAUAUACAACGAAGCACGGAAUAUUUCAAGAAGCGUCUGUUUCCUAAUCUCCCUGAGCCUCCACUUCCUCAUUCUCUUGCGUUGGAGAAAUACGCAGGGACGUAUACGCACCCGGCCAAUGCCUCGGUUACUUUCAAGGUUGAGGAUGGCCAGUUGGUCACUGAGAAGACUCGAGGUGCAAUCCCGAGUGUCUUGGGUCUGACUCAUGCAAGUGGUGAGUUCUUCGUCGGUAGGAUGAAGACGCCCAAUUCGGCCAUGAUGGCGCCAUUUAUCGUGGAGUUUCAGAUUGAUCCUACGGGGAAAGCGAGAAAAGUUGGGAUGGAUUUGGAACCAGCUCUGAAGGGAGAGAAGAUCUGGUUUGAGCUACAUGAAGCUUGA